CAGAAGCAGCCGGUUAGCCAGCGGGCCAACAACAAGUCGCAGAUAGAUGUGUGUAUGUGUGUGUGUGUGUGUGUGUGCGUCUAACUAAUUGAAAUAAUGUCAUGCAUUGGCUCGACGGCAUUUCUUUGGAUGACAAUUUAAUUAGCGGACGCGCCAGCGGCAGCAACGGCGACAACAGCGACAACAAUCAGCGGAAAUCAACGCAAAGCUCAUCGCCAGCAAAAUCAAAACGAAGACGUCAUGCACACUAUAAGCUAAAUAGCAGAUUGGAUAGAAAGUCAUCACGUGGCAUGAUAUACGAAAAUGAAGAGCUCAGGUUGCGCACAAUCAACAUAAAUGCGGAAGUCGAGCGAGGUCAAUCGGAUAUCAAACGUUUGCGCCGUGAAAAUGAGCAGCUGCGUCGCGAGAUCUGGACUCUGCGCGACGAAUGCGAUCGGUUAAACAAGCGCUUUAAGGCGAAGCUAAGUGAGCACGAGUACGGCGGAUGUCGCGGCAGCGGUAGCAGCGGGCGACGCUGCAGCGGCAGCAGAGGCAGCGCAGGUUGUGAUGGAAACAGUGAUGACUCUGACUCAUGUGAUACGUGUCGCUGCGAGGACGAUGGCCACUGCAGCGACGAGUGCUGCCAGGAGCGUGGUUCCUGUGUGUCUAUCAAGCAGUCGAUGCCGCCCGAGGAGGCGACCGUCAAAGCGGCUAAUGAUAGCACUUCGACAACCAAGCCGGAAAACCAGGCCAUGCACUUUGACCAUCUGUCUGUGGUUUCCGAGGAGACACUCAGCAAUCCGGAAAUGCAGCUGGCGCAGCAGACGCCGGAGCAUCAUCUCAUGAUUUGUACGCCCGAUCUCAAUAGCUCGCAGAGCACCCUGCCCAGCCUGGUGGGUCCACUAACCCCACUAACGCCCGUAGAACAGGUGGCUAAUCAGCUUAACGAUUUGCAGGCCAUGGUGCCUCCGCUCUCCUACUUUGAGAACAUACUGUCCCAGCACAUGGGCGCCAAUACGGUGCUAACGCCUACGCCCGAGCUGGGCACCAGCUCCAGCACGACCACCGGAAAUACGAUGAAGCAUACCAAUGGCUGGGAUUACAAUUUGCAGUCGCCGUUCUCGCAGCGCAAAUACUCGAAUACAUCGUCACCGUCACGCUCACCGCCACCGCCGCCGCCGCCGCUAACCACCUUUGUGCCCACAAGCACGCUGCAAACCAUGCCCAAGAUAGCGCUGAAUGUGCCAACCACAAAUGGAGCUGGCGGCGGCGGCAUCAUCGAGACCGUUGCCAUAACCACAAACGGCACGCAGCAAGCGCUCAAUAGCCCGAAGCACUUCUUUGCGCCCAUAAAGCCGCGCCUCAAGCUCAACACAGAGCUUGCCAAUCGGGGACAGGAUGCACUACCGCCGGGCUCGCCGCCGCCGCCGAUGGAGCCGGCAACGCCGUUGCGUGAGCCCCCGGAUAUAUUUGUCAAUAAUGCGCUUGCCUCACCGUACAAGCGGCCCGGCCCCCGGCUCUCACCACAAGUAAGUCCGCGUCAUCGCACGCGCUCCCAUUGCCAGCUGCACCACAGCCAGCCCUGCCAGGCGCACGCCCAUCAGCAACGCCAGCGCCAUUGCCAGCAGCUCCAGCCACCGCUCCCCCUCCCGGGGGAGCCCGCACCGCAGCACUGUUCGCUGCAUCGGGCAGUGGUCAAUGUGGCCGCUGCCGUCGGCUUGGGCGUUGGCGGUCCUGAGGCGAACGCCUGCGGCGGCAGCGUGGUUGACAUUUAUACCGCUGCGCUAGCCGCUGCUGCUUCGGCUGCCGCUGCCCAAGCAGCAUUAGCGUCAGCACCGCCAACUCCACUGACCCUGAUUCGCUCCGUGGAGCCAGUCUACGCAACCGCACAAAAAGACUGCCACAGCAGCUGCAUAUCGGCCCUGACCAAGCCAGUGAUGACCGCCACCACAAACACCACAAAGACAACCGCAUCGCCGCUGCGUCAGCCCGCAAAGCUUACCGCUUGUGCAGCCAGCUGCAAAACAAUUCCCGCGGUGGUCUCCACAGCGAGCAUCGUGGAUAUUGGCAGUCAGACGGAUUCAGUGAACUUGGAGUCAUUGCUAAACGAUAUACAGACAAUUUCGGGCGACAUUCUGGCCAUACAGCUGGAGAAAAGUAAAUCGCGGGAUAAUCUUAUAAAUGGCAAAAACGACAAGGACAAAAGUAAACCGUAUCGCUCCGAGAUGAAUCUCUAUUUGCAAUACGACGGCACAAAUCCGACCAUUUCGAACGCAGCAACAUCUACUGUGGCUGCCAGCAACGCAUCCGACUCGAGCAGCAGCCACAAGCUAUCGAGUCGCACUCGGUCGCUGGAGCGCGAGCACACGGACAGUCCGGCGCCGCAUAUGCCGGAUCCGAUGGCGCCAUUUCCGGAAAAGUGCAGCUAUCUGGGCUUCGAGCAGCUCAAUAAUCAGGCUGUCGCCGUGAAGCAGUCCCCAUCUGGCCAGAAGCCGCCUGUAGGCGUUAAGCCUAGUCUGCCUGCCAAACCGCCGCCGCCGCUGCCACCAGCGCGACGUCCGGCCGUUCCCACAGAGCCGCCACCAGAGCCGCCGGCUGGACUUUCGCCGAACAAAAGCCAUCUGUACAAAUCGCUGGCCACGGCGGCAGCCAAAAGAGCCAUCUUUCGGUCGACGCCAACGCAGCUGACGCGUUCCCUGGAUGUGGAGUGCACAGCUGAUUCUGCGGCAGCCAACGAGGAGGAGGAUGAUGAGGAGGCGGCCAAGCGCAAAGCGCGCCGCGUCUCCAUUGUGUGUGGCGAUGAGCAGCCCGUAGUAAAUGAUGUUGCACCCACUGCGCCUACAGCAACAGCCAGCUGUGGUGACCUGACCAGCGCCGCGGCCAGCGUACUCAUCCAUCCCAGCAUUAAGGCCUUUAGGCAGAUCAGCCACAGUACGCCCAGUUCUCCACAUUCCUCGCGGCGGCGCACCAACAGCAACACAAUGACAGCUGGGCAUGGUGAGGUGACGGGCACAGCCUCAGCGCCGCCCAGCACCACACACCAUCAUCAUCACAGGAAGGAGAACAGCGAUCCGGCGCCCAUGACGGCCACAGUCAGCCGCACAAAAUGCUCGCGACGCCACUCGGAGGGCACCGUGCACAGUGUGCAUCGCAUCAGCAACUCGAGCGGUGGUGCUGGUGGUCAUCAUCAUCACCACACGCACCACCAUCAGCACAGCAGCCUGAUCAACAGCAAUCCGCAUCAUAGCCACCAUUCCCAUCAGGACAGCAACCAUGAGACGGUCACCUCCCAAUCCGAUCGCAAUUCGAAUAGUUUUGGAUCCUCGCGCGAAUCCUCGACCAGCUUCAGCAUGCGUUCUAAUCGGCGCAAGAUCUCUAUAAGCUCCCAUACGGGCGGCAAGAUACCCUGGUGCGGCUGCUGGGGCAAUGGGUGUCUCUAAGGCGAGGCUUCUGACUGUACUUAAAUUUGGGGUUUGCAUUACGUAUUAUCGACAGUAGCUUGCCGUUUGCCGUCCUGCGAUCAAAAGGAAACCAUUUUUUUUGGACCCACCCACGUGUUUGUGUAUGGUAUUAGCUAGUCUUAAAUGAAACGCCAGAAAGUACGCCAUCUUUUCGAACCAAUUUUCAUUAAAAUAAGCAUUUUUCAAAAAAUCGUCAAGUACAAAAAGAGUAAAAACACAAUUCGAUGCGGUUCAGUUCUAGGUUAACGACUUAAGAUUAAUGUUUUAAUGUAGCCUAAUUAAAUAAUUCCGUUCCGUUCGAAAUUGUAUGCAAUUAAUUAAGUUAUUACUUAUAUUUGAUUGUACAUAAUCUGUCAAGUGAGUAUUUCAAUUCUAUGUAGAGUGUAUUACAGAAAUUAUUUGUAAUAUAAUUCAAUAUUGUUGUUCAAUUCGGAUAAAC